UUCUCCGUUAAUGUUACCGAUCUUUUGAAAGUUGUUUUACCUUACAAAUCGUCUUAAGGAUUCACAUGUCCAUGAAUGGUCAAAGAAGCUCUUCAAUUUAUUUCUCGGCUGAGAAGUUCCUCAAAUUUUCCAGCCCAAGUCACCUGCAACAAGCAUAUUCAUCAGCUAGUCAAUGCCAACUGCGGCGUUCUCUGUCUUAAACUCUUAGCUUACUUAGUCUCCAGAGGCUACACUCCUCAUCGUUCCUCAUUCAAUUCGGUCGUAUCGUUUGUUUGUAGAUUAGGUCAGGUUCAAUUCGCUCAAGAUAUCGUACUUUCGAUGCCUAGAUUCGGGUGUUUACCAGAUGUUAUAUCUUAUAACUCUCUCAUUGAUGGCCACUGUAGAAAUGGCGAUAUCAGAAGUGCUUCUUUGGUGUUAGAGAGUUUAAGAGCCUCUCAUGGGUUUCUCUACAAGCCUGACAUAGUUAGUUUUAAUUCUCUGUUUAAUGGGUUUAGCAAGAUGAAGAUGUUAGAUGAGGUUUUUGUGUAUAUGGGUGUUAUGUUGAAGUCUUGUUCCCCGAAUGUUGUUACUUAUACUACUUGGAUUGACACGUUCUGCAAAUCCGGGGAGUUACAAUUGGCGAUGAAGAGUUUUAACUGUAUGAAGAGAGAGGCUUUAUCUCCAAAUGUGGUUACUUUCACUUGUUUGAUUGACGGCUAUUGUAAAGCUGGUGACUUGGAGGUUGCGGUUUCGUUAUACGAAGAAAUGAGACGUGUUCGGAUGUCUUUGAAUGUUGUUACUUAUACUGCUUUGGUAGAUGGUUUCUGUAAACAAGGGAAAAUGCAGAGAGCUGAGGAAAUGUAUUCGCAGAUGCUCAAGGAUAGAGUUGAGCCAAACUCUCUUGUAUACACUACGAUUAUCGAUGGGUAUUUCCAGAAAGGAGAUUCGGAUAAUGCCAUGAAGUUUCUGGCCAAAAUGCUCAAUCAAGGGAUGAGACUUGAUAUUGCAGCUUAUGGCGUAAUCAUAUCAGGCCUUUGUAGUAAUGGUAAACUAAAGGAGGCAACAGAGAUUGUACAAGAUAUGGAGAAAGGUGGUUUAGUUCCUGAUAUGAUGAUUUUUACUACAAUGAUGAAUGCAUAUUUUAAAUCCGGGCGCAUGAAGGCUGCGGUUAACAUGUACCACAAAUUAGUUGAGGGAGGCUUUGAGCCAGAUGCUGUAGCUCUUUCAACUAUGAUCGAUGGGAUUGCGAAGAAUGGACAACUACAUGAAGCUAUAACUUAUUUCUCUAUAGAGAAAGCUAAUGAUGUUAUGUACACCGUGCUUAUUGAUGCUUUGUGCAAAGAAGGAGACUUUAUAGAAGUUGAGAGAUUGCUUGGCAAAAUUUCAGAGGCUGGACUUGUUCCGGAUAAGUUCAUGUACACUUCUUGGAUAGCUGGUUUGUGUAAGCAAGGGAACUUGGUGGAUGCGUUUAAGUUAAAAACCAAAAUGGUUCAAGAGGGUCUCGAGCUCGAUUUGUUAACCUACACAACAUUGAUUUAUGGGUUAGCUAGCAAGGGUUUGAUGGUCGAGGCUAGACAAGUUUUUGAUGAAAUGUUGAGAAGUGGAAUAUGUCCUGAUUUGGCUGUUUUUGAUCUACUGAUUAGAGCUUAUAAAAAGGAGGGAAACAUGACUGCUGCUUCGGAUUUGCUUCUCGAUAUGCAAACAAGAGGGCUUGCAACAGCAGUAAGUGAUGGAGAUUGCAGCAAACAAUGUGACAAUGAAGUGAGCUGUUCUUGAACUUACUUAUGAUUUGAGCUAUGAGCAUCAGCAGCUGUUCUAUCCUCAAAUAUGGGCGAAUAUAGUAAAGGGCAUCUGUAAGCAAGGGAACUUGGUGGAUGCGUUUAAGUUAAAAACCAAAAUGGUUCAAGAGGGUCUCGAGCUCGAUUUGUUAACCUACACAACAUUGAUUUACGGGUUAGUUAGCAAGGGUUUGAUGGUCGAGGCUUACAAGUUUUCGAUGAAAUGUUGAGAAGUAGAAUAUGUCCUGAUUUGGCUUUUUUAAUCUACUGAUUAGAGCUUAUGAAAAGGAGGGAAACAUGACCGCUGCUUCAGUUUUGCUUCUCGAUAUGCAAACAAGAGGGCUUACAACAGCAGUAAGUGAUGCAGAUUGUAGUAACAAUGUGACAAUGAAGUGAGCUGUUCUUGAACUUACUUAUGAUUUGAGCUAUGAGCAUGAGCAGCUGUUCUAUUCUCUAUGGGCAAAUAUAGUAAAGGGCACUUGUAAAUUGUUAUCUUUUACAUUUAAAAAUGAAUGCUUUCAACAAAAGAUACAUGAUUUGAUAGUUA